AUGCGGCGUACUCCACCAGUGGCGGGUGCCGAUUGCUGGGUCUGCGAAGACCCUGCCGACACCAAGCAAGCUGGUGGGGAUGAUGGAUGCGAGGGGCUGCUGGGUGGUCGUGCAGCACCUCGCGCUCGGCUGGCGGUUCGCAUGCUGUCGCGUCCAGCGCCAGCUCCAGACGCGCCCUGGCGACCUCCAGGCAGCGGCCCUUUGCGCAAUCUUCUUUGUUCCAUCAUCCAUACAGGGCGUCAUUUAACGGGAGACGCCCAGACCCGGCGCCGUUUCAUGGUGAGGCCAUAUGCACAAGCGGGCCCUUGCACCAUCAAUUUUUGCCAAGGCACGGCGCUCACACCUCUUGGCAAGGUGCUGACUGACUGCGCGGACGUAGCGGUUUUGUCACAUAACCGUCACGUCAGCGGGCGAUGGGGUCGUCACUUCCCUACGCCUUUAUUAUAA